UUCAGCUAUCUAAACUUAAAUCUUUUGUUUUUAGUUCUUAACAUGUCUUAAGAUGGACUUGCAUGCAUAGGGAAGAGCGAGAAGUCAAAUGAAGAGUUAAGCUCUCUGCCUGUCAAAAUGCAUUAGAGUAUAUGGAAUUUCUCCUGCAGUUUUAAUUUUUCAGCAUCAUGGUAUUAUUUUUCCAAACGAGCAGCUGGAUUUUGCAGACAUUACUGAGGAAACAUCAAAUGCUCAGCCCCUUUCUAAGGCUUCAACAAUUGCCUACUGCCUUUGGCUGCUUCAUAUUUACUACAUCAUAUCAGUGGGCCAAAUCAGUGGAUUCUGAAACGCUUCAUCCAGUGAGUGCCCAAGGGAGUUCUAAAGGAAGAUAUGACGGUACAAAGAACAGAACUCGGAAUGGCUACUAUUCUCCCCUUCCUUUCAAUCUGUUUGCUGCUGGAGCAUCGAAGAAGAGAUCGGCAUCUGCAGAAGUCCUUAAAGAUGCAGAGUACAGUGUCACUUCUGGGAGAGAAACACUCUGUCCUCCAGAAAAACCUUUGACUGUUGAGGAGUGGAAAAAACUGAUGGAUGAAUUUGCAGAUUAUUACAAGUUUGAAGAGGCUAUGUUGAUGCAAAUGGUCACUCACAAGAGUCACAUAGAUGUGGCUAAGUCCUUGCUAGCUGCAGUGGCUAAUAGGGAUGGAAAUAUUCCAUAUAAUCUUUUGGUGAUGUACUUGUCUUUUUGUGUCUCUCAGAAUGAGAUCGAAGAGAUUUAUGAUGUCUAUGACAUUAUGAAAGCCAGAUUUAAGACUUUAGAAACAACAGCUUAUGGUCUUCUUAUCAAAGGCUUGAGUGGUACAGAACGCUGGAGAGAGGGCUUGAAACUACUAGAGGAGAUUAAAAAAGUAAUCACUCCUUCAAAAGCAAACUAUGGAGACUGCAUCAGGGGGGCCAUUGUUAAUCAGGAAAUAAACCUUGCAAGUCAGCUUUUUAGGGAGAUGCUAGCCAACAAUGUGAUGCCAGACCUGAGUACCAUACAAACACUUUUUGACACUGGCAGGACUAUGAAGGAUGAUCAUAUGAAAACUGAACUCAUUCACAUACUUUUCUACUUAAGAGAUUAUCAAGUAUAUCCUGGAGAAGCUCUUAUGCAGAGCAUAAAGCAGUGGUUUGAAAGUAUUCCAGGAGAGAAUUGGAAAGGAAGCUUAACUACCAUGAAAAAAAGCGGACGGUGCCCAUCAUGUAAUCAGUUCUUGGAGAGCAUUAAUCUGAGCCCAGGAGAAUACAGCACUCUUAAAGAAAAAAUAAUAAAGGAUGUGAUACAAGGACCUGAUAUAUUCAGGAAAACAACUCCCCAGGAACUGGAGGAAUUCCAGGCAUUUGUGAAUCAGCAGCCUCCUUAUGAUAUUGUUGUUGAUGGCCUCAAUGUUGCCAAUUUUAACAAUAGAUCGAAUCGUUCACAAACUCUACGGGAUGUUGUUACCUACUUAGCACAGCAAAAGCCAAGGAUACUUGUGCUGGGGCGUAAACAUAUGCUGAACGGAACUCAGCAAUGGAAAAGAAAUAAUAUGGCUGCUAUACAGAAGAUAGCGGACUUCUUCUUUACUGAGGACAUAUCUGAAGAUGAUCCCUUCCUGCUCUAUGCGACUCUUCACUCGGGCAAUCACUGUAGAUUUGUCACUGGAGAUCUGUUACGUGAUCACAAAGCUUGUCUCUCUGAUAGUCAUACUCAACGCUUGUUCUUUAAAUGGCAGCGUGGACAUCAGAUGGUGCUUUCUCGCUACAGACCAGAAAAAAUUAUAAAGUUUGAGCCUGUCUUGGAGUACGACACAAUUGUGCAGACUACUGGUAACACAUGGCAUAUUCCCUAUGAUGACAACUUCUUGGAAAGAGCUUCUUAUGAAGUACCAAUAAGAUGGCUGUGUCUUCAACAGAAAUAAUAAAUAAAACCAAGUGUUGAAAAUGAA